AUGAUCUUCGAAACUGUCGGAGGAGCAGUUCUUUCAGCUUUUCUUCAAGUGCUGUUUGACAGAUUAGCUUCUCGUCAGUUCAUAGACCUUUUCCAGAGACGUAAAUUUGAUGAGACUCUCCUACAGAGGCUGAAGAUAACAUUGUUAACAAUUAACGCGGUGCUCAGUGACGCAGAGGAGAAACAAAUUACAAACUCAUUUGUGAAAGAAUGGGUUGAUGAACUUAAAGAUGCUGCAUACCAGGCUGAGGAUUUGCUGGAUGACAUAGAUACGGUCGCUUCAGAUUGUAAACAGGGUGCUCAACUUCAAGCUUGCAACAGUGAUCAGGUACGGAGCAACAUCUCUAAUCUCAAUGCACUUACUAAAGAGUUGGGAUGUAGACUUGAGAAGAUGACUUCAAGGCUAGAACAUUUAGCAAAGCAGAAAGAUGUUCUCGGUCUAAAAGAAAUGAAUCAAAAUCUUGCGGCAAAGCACUCUCCAAAACUGCCAACAACGUCUCUGGUGGAUGAAUCUGAAAUAUUUGGUAGAGAUGAUGACAAAGAGCUGAUUACCAGUAAAUUGCUUUCAAGUUGUGUUAAUAGGGAGGACAAUGUGAAGGAUAUCCCUGUAAUUGCAAUAAUUGGGAUUGGUGGGGUUGGAAAGACAACCCUCGCUCAGCUUUUGUACAAUGAUUUAAGGGUGAAGAAACAUUUUAGUCCAAGAAUAUGGACAUAUGUUUCUGAAGAUUUUGAUGUGUUCAAGGUGUCUAAAGCCAUUUUAGAUUCGGUGACUUCACGACAUUGCAACAUUACUGAUCUAAAUGUAAUUCAGGUCAGAUUAAAGGAGAGAUUGACUAGAAAAAGAUUUCUUCUUGUUUUAGAUGAUGUAUGGAACGAGAAUUUUAUCAACUGGGAUGUUCUCCAAACUUGCUUCAAAGCUGCCGCCAAGGGGAGUCGAAUUAUUGUGACAACUCGUAACCAAGGAGUUGCAUUUACAAUGCAGGCCGUUUUUACUCAUCGUCUUCUACAAUUAUCUGACAAAGAUUGCUGGUCAGUGUUUGCAAGACAGUUUAAAAAUGAGGAAACCCACUUACGUUCAAACUUGAAGCUAAUUGGUGAAGAGAUAGCAAAAAAGUGCAAAGGCUUGCCUUUGGCUGCAAAAACAUUAGGGAGUUUAUUGCACUUUAAGACAGAACCCCAUGAAUGGUACAAAAUUUUAAACAACAAAAUAUGGGAUCUACCAAUUGAUAAGAGCAACAUACUUCCUUCUUUGAGAUUGAGUUACUUCUAUCUCCCUUCGUCUCUAAAACGAUGCUUUUCUUAUUGUUCAAUGUUUCCCAAAGGUUAUGUAUUUGAAAAGGAGAAGUUAAUUUUGUUAUGGAUGGCAGAAGGCUUUUUGCGGCAGACAGAGGAAGGGCAUGAGUACUUUGAUGAACUAUUAUCAAGGUCAUUUUUUCAACAAUCAAGUGGUAAUGAAGGACAUUUCAUUAUGCAUGAUCUUGUUAAUGAAUUAGCUCAAGGUGGUAAUGAAGGACAUUUCAUUAUGCAUGAUCUUGUCAAUGAAUUAGCUCAAUUUGCAGCAGGUGAAUUUUGCUUCAAGCUCGAGAGAGAUGAGCCACAUUACAUUCCUGAACGAGCUCGCCACUUUUCAUAUGGUAGGGACCAGCUUGAUGCUCCUGAGAAGUUUGAAGCCUUGCAUGAAGUAAAGUUUCUGAGAACCUUCCUACCAUUGAGCUUACCAUCAAAUCAUGGCAGAUACUGUAACUUAAAUAAAAUGGUUAUUGAAGCGCUGUUGCCAACAAUGAGAUGUUUGCGUGUGGUGUCCCUGUCUGAUUAUAGCAUCACUAGUUUGCCUGAUAUUUUUUGCAAACUGCAACAUUUACGCUACUUGGACUUAUCUCGCAAUUUAUUUCUAACAUUGCCAAAAUCAAUUAGAUUGUCUUCAAACACUUUUGUUGUGGGCAACAAGAGUGGUUCUAGCAUUAGCGAGUUGAGUGGGCUCUUGAAUCUCCAUGGAAAGCUUUCCAUUUUACAACUGCAAAAUGUUAGGAAUGCUACAGCUGCUGAGAAUGCAAAACUGAAGGAUAAGAAGAAUAUUAAAGAGCUCGUUUUCAGGUGGGACUCUAACAUUCAUGAUCUACAAGCAGAAACAGAUGUCCUUGAGAAGUUAUGUCCUCACAAAAAUAUAGAGAAACUUACCCUUGACAAGUACAACGGUGGAAAGUUUCCACUUUGGUUGGGGGAUGUAUCAUUCUCUAACAUGGUGUUCCUACAUCUUAAUGAUUGCAAAAAUUGUUCUUCUUUACCAUCACUGGGGCAGCUAUCAUCUCUCAAAAAACUCCGUAUUACAAAUAUGGAGAGGUUGGUAGGUGUUGGCUCUGAAUUCUAUGGAGUUGGUCCAUCUUCUAUAAACCCAUUCAAAUCUUUGUGUAGUUUGUGGUUUGAGGGCAUGCCAAAUUGGAUGCACUGGUCAUCUUUUGAGGUAGAUGGUGGAGAAUUUCCUUCACUCCAGGAGCUUCACAUAAGGAGCUGUCAAAAACUGACGAGGGACCUGCCCAAGAACCUUCCUUUAUUGAAAUUACUGAGAAUUGAUGACUGUAGGGAAUUAGAUUUGGUAUUUGAGGAUACCAUAUUUUACACUGAGCUUCAGGAACUAAUCAUAAGGUGUAGCUGUGAUUCUCUCACAAAUUUCCCAAUGGGCUUUUUCAACAAGCUUAAAUCUCUUCAUAUACAGGAUUGCAGGUAUCUCAAAUUUAUGGAAGUUUCAGAGGAUCUUCUUGUCCCAGAAUUCAGAUUUCUUCAAGAAGUGGAAGUUAGUCAUUGUGAUAAUCUGGUAUCCUUUCCUGGGACAGGGUUGCUCACUCCCAACGAGACAAAAUUUUCAGUCUCGAAUUGCAGGAAUCUCAUGUCAAUGCCAGAUGGUGUUUCUCUUCCAGCACUGCGUAUAUCUCGCUGUCCAAAGCUUCGCGCAUUGCCAAAAGGAGCAAGGAGAAGAUUGGCCCUAGAUAUGUCAUGUCUGCAACAUAGAAAUCUGCAAAUAAGUAAUGCUAUGUACUUUUCAAGACGGAAGAUAAUGGAUGGAGGCAGAGAAAGGAACCCGUUUUCUAUUCAGAUAAAGUUGGGAACAGUUGAUCUGAGUGAAGCUUAG